AUGAUCUCCGUUAGCGAUAACUUCACUUCAGUGUUUGACAACUAUUCGGCCAAUGUUAUGGUCGAUGGCAAGACCAUCUCUCUUGGUCUUUGGGACACUGCCGGUCAAGAGGAUUACGACCGACUCCGCCCUCUCUCAUACCCUCAAACGGAUGUUUUCCUAAUCUGCUUCUCUCUUGUUAGUCCUCCGAGUUACGAGAACGUCCGGACUAAGUGGUACCCGGAAAUUUCCCAUCAUGCGCCAUCAACGUCAAUUGUAUUAGUCGGGACAAAGCUCGAUCUUCGCGAGGAUCCUAGCACCAUCGAGAAGUUGAAGGAGCGUCGCAUGCAACCCAUUCAGUAUGCACAAGGUGUUGCAAUGGCCAGAGACAUUGGAGCUGUGAAGUAUCUGGAAUGUUCAGCAUUAACACAGAAGGGACUGAAGACUGUUUUUGAUGAAGCCAUUCGAGCCGUUUUGAACCCUCCGCCUCAACCCAAGAAGCCCAAGGGUAACAAGUGCAUCAUUGCCUAG